UUCUCUCAAUCAAACAUUUGCAUACCCCAUUGUAAUUUGAGAUUCAUUAAUAUUAUAGCCAGAGAAAUGGGUCGUCUAAAUCUUCUUAUGUCAGUAUUAUUAUCAAUUUUUUCAGUUAGUAUUGUGUUGAUGCCUAACUUGGCAUCUGCACAAUUGAAGACCAAUUAUUACGCCAAUACUUGUCCUAAUGUUGAAUCCAUUGUUAGAAAUGUUGUAAAUCAGAAAUUCAAACAAACUUUUGUUACUGUCCCUGCUGUUCUCCGUCUCUUCUUCCACGAUUGCUUUGUUGAGGGAUGUGAUGCUUCAGUGAUAGUAUCAUCUACACCAGGGAACACAGCUGAGAAGGAUCAUCCAGAUAAUCUUUCAUUGGCAGGAGAUGGAUUUGAUACUGUGAUUAAAGCCAAAGCCGCGGUUGAUUCAAACUCGCGUUGUAGAAAUAAAGUUUCAUGUGCUGACAUUCUCGCCUUAGCCACUAGAGACGUCAUUCAGCUGUCUGGAGGACCGUGGUAUCCAGUGGAAUUAGGAAGACUAGAUGGGUUCACAUCAAAAGCAUCCAACGUGGAAGGAAAGCUACCAAAACCAACAUUCAAUCUCAAUCAACUCAAUUCCAUGUUUGCCUCUCAUGGUUUAACUCAGGCUGACAUGAUCGCCCUUUCUGCGGCACAUUCUGUUGGGUUUUCUCACUGUGGCAAGUUCUCCAAUCGAAUCUACAACUUUAGCCCUCAAAAUCCAAUAGACCCAACCCUUAACAAGCAAUAUGCAACCCAAUUACAAGGGAUGUGUCCAAGGAAUGUUGACCCAAGGAUAGCCAUCAACAUGGAUCCCAAAACUCCCAGGACCUUUGACAAUAAUUACUUCAAAAAUUUACAGCAAGGUAUGGGCCUAUUCACAUCGGAUCAAGUACUCUAUACAGACAAGAGGUCCAAGGGAACUGUGGAUCUUUGGGCCAGUAAUUCCAAAUCAUUUCAAAAUGCAUUUAUAACUGCAAUGACAAAACUGGGCCGAGUUGGUGUGAAGACCGGCAGAAACGGAAAUAUUCGGUUUGACUGUGGAAGAAUGAAUUGACCGGACCUUUUGCACAAAUGGCCUUUUUUGAGGCCACUAUUUAAACGCAAAAAUUAGUUCAUUGAGUGUUAACAAGUAUAGAAUUUAUUUUGUAUUUUUUUUUUGUGGGAUGGUGAGGCCUGAAUAAGGAGACUUGACUUGAACCUUCCACUGUUAAUAUGCAAAAUAACAGUCCCAUUGUGGGAUGUGUAACUGUUGAAUAAAAACUGUGUGAAAUCCA